CUCCGAUGAAUGACACCACUGCGACCCCGAACGAAUCCAUUACCUUCCUCCUUCUCCUAGGCCACCAAAAUAAUGCUGUAACCGAACUUCGCCGAGCGAUGAGCUCUCUUUGCCUAGUAGAGGGUUACUUGAACCAGGGAGAAUUACUCUUUCGGUCACUUAUAAGGAGUAAAGAACUGCGACCUGAAAUUCCGCAAAUACAGCCACAAACUCCCUUCAGCAUCCCCAUCUGCGAAACCAAUUCCCCUCCGAUGUCUCCUUUAUUGCUUCCCACCCGACGAUCGUCGCAUAAUCUACUACUAGAAGCUACGAAACCCGUACCACCUCGGCUGCCAAAAUCAGUUCAUCGAUCGCCGGCAAAACCCCUGGAGGAGGAAGACGUACUAUCAGGCGCAGAAGAAGAGUCAUCCCUUCCCAUACAAGAAACCAAACUCGCUCGUCCACUGCGAAGAAUCACACAAAGGACCCCUCCUCCAAGGAUCAGCGAUGGCUUGAAAGCUGAGCUUCAGGCAGCAGGAAUAUCGAUUGAUCCCGCAGAGCCUGCGCCUGUGGGGUCUGUACCCUCGAGCUCGAAGGUGAAGUCGACCGUGUUCUUCGUGAUCGAGAACGGUGUGGCGACGAAGCAUCAACUUUCAAUGCCGCCGAUGCGGAAUAAGGAUAAGGCGAAGAAGGAGAGGAAUUUGCUUCAGAAGGUUGUAGAUUGGGUGUUCAAAUGCGAUGCAUGAGUCCUUAAUUUGG